CGGCGGAGCGGAGGGAGCAGGCGCGGCGGCGAUGGCGGUGGCGCGGCGCGUCUUCCACCUCCAGCCAUGCGAAAGCCCACCGGCAGCAAUGUCCAGAAAUGGGUACUUCUUCGAAGAAACAGGUUACCUUAAAUGUGAUACAGACGAUGGCUGCGAGAACAAAGAAGAAGUGGGAGGAGAAGAACUCUUUGACACUGUAAAUUCCUCCAUCGUUUCCGGGGACAGCAUCCGGUUCUUUGUGAAUGUCAACUUGGAUGUCCAGCAGAACGUUACUGCAGAAAGUGAGAGUGCUGGCUGCGUUUUACUGCACACAUCAAGAAAAUACCUAAAAUUAAAGAACUUCGAGGAGGAAGUGAGAGCCCACCGGGACCUUGAUGGGUUCCUGGCCAGAGCCAGCAUCAUUCUGGACGAGACGGCAACCUCUCUGGACGACGUCCUGCGAGAGAUGUUGAAACACUUCGCAGAGGACUCUGACAACGCAGAGCCAAGCUGCAACUUCGACAAGAUCAUGAGCACUUUAUUCACCGAUUCGGGGACCCCCAGAGAAGGGAACGUUCACCUGUUGUCGGAUACAAUUCAGGGUGUCACAGCGACAGUCACUGGGGUACAGUAUCAACAGUCAUGGCUUUGCAUCAUUUGCACUAUAAAAUCGCUCCAGCGCCGUCACGUUUGCAUCAGCCGCCUGGAAAGGCCUCAGAACUGGGGUGAGAACUCCUGCGAAGUGAGAUUCGUCAUACUGGUGCUUGCUCCUCCAAAAAUGAAAAGCACCAAAACUGCGACUGAAGUGGGCCGGACGUUUGCCACCAUGUUCUCAGACAUCACCUUUCGGCAGAAGCUUCUGGAAACGAAAACGGAGGAAGAGUUCAAAGAAGCUUUGGUGCACCAGCGCCACCUCCUGACCGUGGUGAACCAGCGGCCCUCGGCGGUGGCCGACGAGCACCGGGCGCACAGCCACAAGCCUCUCAAGCUCCACGAUUUCUUCAAUGUUGGCAAGGGAAUUUUUGAUGACAUCGCACGAAGAUUUCCAGUGUACGCGCUGGACUUCACUGACGGCGUUAUUGGCAACAACAAAGCCAUAGGGAAAUACAUCACCACCAUGAUCUUUCUGUACUUCGCGUGCCUCCUGCCGUCCAUCGCGUUCGGCUCCCUGAAUGACGAGAACACAGACGGGGUCAUCGAUGUGCAGAAAACCAUCGUGGGCCAGUGCAUUGGCGGGCUUCUUUACGCGCUCUUCUCGGGCCAGCCGCUCGUUGUUCUCCUCACAACCGCACCUUUGGCACUGUACAUCAAUGUGAUCAAAGGAAUCUGCAGCGACUACAACUUGAAGUUCAGUGCUUUCUACGCCUGGGUUGGGCUCUGGAACAGUUUCUUCCUCAUGCUGUACUCCCUCUUCAAUUUCAGUCUUGUCAUGAAGCUCUUUAAAAGGUCAACAGAAGAAAUCAUUGCUCUCUUCAUCUCAGUCACGUUUGUCCUCGACGCCCUGAAGGGGAUCACCAAAGUUUUUAAAAAAUACUACCACAUCUCGAGACCGCAGAGUAUGUCCAUCAACAAUACCACCUUCCUGCUGAACAUGUCCGUGGAGCGGUCGGCACUGGCCAACCAGACCGAGAGCCCCGCGGCCGGCACGCAUUGCGACCGGGAGACAGCCGUUCUUAGCCUCAUGCUGAUGUUGGGCACUCUCUGGCUGGGCCACACGCUGUACCAGUUUAAGAAAAGCCCAUAUUUGCAUGCCAGAGUUCGCGAAAUCCUUUCCGAUUGUGCCUUACCCAUUUCUGUCCUAACCUUCUCCAUCAUUGGAUCAUAUUUCUUCAAGGAAAUAAAAAUGUCUAAAUUCAACUACAACCAGUCGGAGAGCCUGUUUGUGCUGGCGCCUCUCUGGGAUCUCUCCGUCGGACCCGUCAUGAGCGCGAUGGGCUUGGGGUUCCUGCUGUCCAUGCUCUUCUUCAUCGAGCAGAACAUUGUGGCGUCCCUCACAAAUGCCCCAGAGAACAGGUUAGUCAAGGGAACUGCUUACCACUGGGACCUCCUCCUCGUGGCCCUGAUUAACACAGGGCUGUCCGUCUUCGGGCUGCCCUGGAUCCACGCUGCCUUCCCUCACUCGCCGAUGCACGUCCGUGCGCUGGCCUACGUCGAGGAGCGGGUCGAGAACGGGCACAUCUACGAAACGAUCGUGAGCGUGAAAGAGACCCGGCUGACGACGCUGGCGGCCAACUUCUUGGUGGGCCUGUCGCUCCUGCUGCUGCCCUUCCCCCUGCAGCUCAUCCCGAAGCCCGUGCUCUACGGGCUCUUCCUCUACAUCGCCCUGACCUCCAUCGAUGGCAACCAGCUCUUCGAGAGGGUGGCCCUGCUGCUCAAAGAACAGACGGCCUACCCGCCCACGCAUUACAUCCGCCGGGUCCCCCAGAGGAAAAUCCACUACUUCACGGGCCUGCAGGUCCUCCAGCUCCUCAUCCUCUGCGGCUUUGGGAUGUCCCCUCUCCCGUACAUGAAGAUGAUCUUUCCGCUCAUCAUGAUCGGCAUGAUCCCCAUCAGGUACAACUUGCUCCCCAGGAUCAUCGAAGCGAAAUACUUGGACGCGAUGGACGCCGAGCACUAGGGGAACAGCGCCUCUUGGGCCUCAGCACGCUUCUCGCCCUCCUUGAACGGAAAGGAAACUGACGCCUGGCCAAGCUACUCCUAGAUGUUGGUUUGUCCUCAAACCUUUGUGACUUCGGAGCCUCUGUGCAACCGCUCCCCAGAAGUGUGUUGCCAGAGUCCGACCAAGUGCCCACAUUUUGGGAGGGCCGGGAGCGGGGGAUCAGCGCUCUCCUGAGCUGAGAGGCAAGCAAGCUUUACGGAUAUCCCAAAGACACAGGUUUGGAACAGCUACCUGCUUCUUUGUUUUAGGGGAAGCUGUCCCCUUUUUUAUACACUUUUGAUCUUUUUCCCAAAACUCUGCUUUUCUGCAAGAGGAAUAGUCAUGACCUCUUCUGAUUUGACAGAAUUACUGUAUGUUUGGAGCUUUAUAGCCGUUUCUCAACUUCUCCAUACCCUUAAACUGAUCUUACGCUAAAUAAAAGAUUCCUUGUUGACGAGUUGGUGUCACGGGCAUUAGAAAUGAGGAGACGACUGAUCAGUGUAGAGGCAGCAAAUGCCGGAAGAUCAAACGGGUUUGGUACAGCUGUCACCCAAAACCUGUAAAUUCAGGGGCAUCCCGUAGCUUAAGGGUAUGGAUCCACACACUUGGCGAUGUGAAGGAAGCUCCCGUCUCGACUGGAACCAGAGGCACCUGGGAGUCACCCAAACCACUUCUGUUUUACAGAGCAUCCCGACUUGGAAGCGUAGAUCGGCACAGUGGCAACGGUUUGAACCAGGCACUGAGUCUUGGUGAAUUCCCGCUCCCCUCCCCUGUGUGUGUACAGUACUACUUAUGUGUACAUAUAUACAUAGCUGAUCUAGAUAUGUGUAUAUAUUUUGCAUAUAAACGUACUGGAUAUCAAUGCCUGUUCUUUCCGGAAACUGAAAGGGUUUUUGUGCAAUCGGUGUUAAUAUGUACUGUAUCUUUUCCUCCACUUCUGUCUGUCUCCUUCCUUCCUGCCCACCGGCCUUCCUCCUUGUUUCUCCCAUUCCGUUCUUUUCCUUGUUCACACAGGUCGAGAUGCUUGUUCAUUCCUCACUCUUCCUCGCCCUUUAACUCCACCAGUUUUGCUUACCGCGAUGGAUUUAAUUUUACUGUACAGUACAUAGUGAAUGUUGGGGGCUUAGUUCCAGUUUCGCUUUGCUGCUGUUUUUGCCUGGGUCGUGUUUCUGUUCCUUGUCUUGGCACUGCUCAGUUUUGUAGCUGACCUUCCUGUUUCUCCCCACAAAACAUUACAUUAUAUUCUGGAAGAAUCUGCAUGUCCCCGAUGUCUGUUUUUAUAUAUUAUGGCUCCUAAUGACCAUCGGGCCCUUUUUGGGCCCUUUUUCUAAAGUGCUGUGAAAAAUCCCUGGUGGCAUGUAAGAUUUCCUCUCCUGCCUCAUAUUCCUCAGUUGUGGGGGGCAGAGAAACCUCUCCCCCAAGACUGGGGGAAUUUAGGAAGGUUCAUUAUGAAAGUGGCGGUUUUGUGCCAGAAGCCAGGCGGUUGGUUGAAAAGUUUCCAUCAGCUGACGGGCUGAUUAUUCAAAGUGAAAAGCGCCUGGGUGCGUCCAGCGUCUGGGUGUUGCAUCACCAGCGGGGGAAUUGCUGGUCCUUGAGGGUUUCCCUCGUGCUUUUUUAGAAAGCGUGUAUGUAAAAAUAAGUAGCUGUCAAAGGGAAAGAUUCUGCCCUGCUCUUCAGCCUGGUAUAGCCUAGUUCUUGGGGGCAGUCGUUCCCCCAGAGAAGGAGAGUUCCAGCAACCUACCAGGCCCAGGGCUGCCACCAGAAAGGGCCAGAAGGGGUGUGGAGGAGCCCCUUGUGGGGUAGCCCAGGUCUGCAGGGGCAUGGAGAACUUUCUCUGUGGGAUAGCCCAGGUCUGCAGCGGAUGGAGGACCUCCUUGUGGGAUAGCCCAGGUCUGCAGGGCACGCAGGACCUCCUUGUGGGAUAGCCCAGGUCUGCAGGGCACGCAGGACCUCCUUGUGGGAUAGCCCAGGUCUACAUUUUCAGUCAGCCGAGACUUGGAUAUAAGGAUGGAAGCACAACUAGCAGAGAGAACUCUCAGGGCUACAGCGUCCUUUCCAGGGAGAUGCCCAAGGACAGCCCAGAUAGAAGAGCAGCUGCUGGACACUGGCAAAGUCCUCCUUGGGUGGGCUGGCUGUCUUCAGAACACCAGAGGCAGCCUCCAGGCCAGGGCAGAAAGCGACCAGUUGACUCCUCUGGGUGGCUUUUCAUGCGGGUUUUCUGAAAUGGUAAAGGACCAGAGCUGCCUGCGUUCAGCAAGCCAGAAACCUGGCAGAUGCUCCAGAGCACGUCCGCAGCCUGGCCAGUCCCAGGUCUGCCUGGAAUCGGCUCGCUCACAGGGACCUCUUACGGGAGAGACAACGAGGAACUUGCUUUGCUCUGAAUAGCUGAGGUAAAGGUAGUUUUUGCACCUGAGGUUCAUUAAGAUGCUUCUCAAAUGACUCUCUGUUCCUCUGUCGUUGGUAGCAGAGGGGGCUGUCCUCUGGGACUCCAUUCUCACAAGUCAGGGAGGACGUGAGGGCCAUCGCUUGCAGGUAGCGCCAUGCGACCCCGAGACUCAUUUCUCAGAGGGUCGAUGAGGUGGUAGUGGGCAGCGCUGGCGUUCCUGCAACGAGAAGCUUCAGCACCCUCACUUCUGCGGGAGGAAGUGUUGUAAAACUUUCCUAACGCAGAUUCAAAAGGGCCGUGUGGGUUUCUUUCAAAGUUUAACGUGGAUGGCACAAGAGGAAAUGUAAGCAUGUGUAAACUUCCAUGAAAAUAACCUUGAAAUACCAAAGGGAAGUCCUGGAAUGUUCUCAAGUAAUGCUUUCAGACACCUUUAGAAGAGGCUGUAUGCAGCCUGCCGUUGGCUUUCAGCCACGGUUCUCAGGAAAGACCCUUCGUACAGUGUAAUUGUAGUCCGUAGAGUUGCCAGUUGCAAACCCAGUUGUAGUGCAGACGCCUUUUUGCAAAAGGUAACCAUUGGCAGUUGCAGCAGCUUUGGGAUAAAAAAUCUGCUCCUGGUUUUCUGAUGGAGGGUGCAAUCCUGCGCAUAUUUUUAGAAGUCCUACAAGGCCAAAAACUCGCUGCCAGCGUG